UUCUCUCCUUCCUUCCAUCAUCCAGGCGAAGCAAGCAGAAGCGAAAUGGUGGGAACAGGUCUGACGAGGGUGACAACGAAGAAGAACAACGAAUACCUUGGAAUCGUGGUUAAGCAGGGGGAGUGUCCUCAACGUGGAAGCUACAUCUUCCUCCAUCAAAGUCCUUUUCUCCAUUUAUUCUUUGUGAAUGAAGUAGAAAUCGAGGAGGUGGAGGAGGCUGUAUCUGCAAUCAAAGAUAUGAUGAAUCAGAUAUUGGUUUCGCAGAACGAGAUGCAAGAAGGAUUGUUCAGUCUCGUUGACCAUAGCGUCGAAGAAGAAGGUCAAAGAGUGGAAGGGGCUUUAGCUGCGGAGAUUGAGAGGAUCUCCAAGUCAAAUGCUGAUGCUCUAUUUGCCCGCUUCGUAGAAGAGACUGCUGGUCAGGAAAAUCCAAUGCGUGACCUCCAACAGCAAUUGGAGAAUGUACUUACAAGCUUAAUCACCAAGAAUUUAGGGCCAACAAUGUGGAAAGCGAUGAUGCCCUCUCCAGAAGCAUUACACGCACUGACAUCACCUUUGGAAGAAGCUGUGUCUUCUUCAUUCACACAGUCCUUGAGAGCAUACCAGAGCGCACGUGCUGACCAACUCAUUUCAAAGCUCGAGGAAAAGCAGAUUCAGAUCCCGUUCUCUGCCAGACAAUCCUUCAAGAGGGAUGCUGCCUCCAUAAUUGAGGACCUGCCUUCGUUUGAGAGAUCAUGCGAGACCAUGAUUGGUCAAGUAGUCUCAGCCUUGCAGGCAAAAAUGGCGGAGCACACACGCGCUGCUGCCGAACAACAACGGUUUGAUCUUGACCCUAGUUUGAAGGAACGCAUCACUUUUGUCCAAGCCGCACGAGAUUUAAUAGCGGUGAGCCAGAGGAAUCGGUUAGCAAACCAUGGAGGGGGUUAUGGUGAUGGAUACGCUGAUGGUCACAAGGAGGGUUACGCUCAAGGUUAUGCUGACGCUUGUGCUGAUGCUUACAACAAGGCUACAGAACACUAAGCUGCUGGUUAGAUACGUGUUACUUGGGAAGGGGUAACGACAGUGGCUUUGGAAAAAUGUUAUGACAAUGGAUUUGCACACACUUAAGCGGUAACACAAUGUAUAUACACACACUUGGAUCUGAUGAAUUUUGACAGAACAAAUGUGCCAAUACUCUUUCAAUUCCUUCUCUGUGGGAGACCUCUUGAUGAUUUAGCAGGUUUUAAGCAUUUGAAAAAAAAGUUUAACAAAAGGGAUGAUGAGUUAGUUUCUAUACAAGUCUCUUUUAUGAUCGAUUGUUUCUAUGGCUGUAAACUGUCUUCUUCUUGUCCCGUAUGGGCCACUGGUGAUUGCUCUUUUUUUAAUUCCAUAAAAAUUUUGCUUC